AUGGUUCUCGCGGGCCUUGAGAUCUUCUCGUCCGAGGAGCACACAAAACAGAAAGACCAAGGCGUGGAGAGUGAAGAAAUGGGGGCAUGGCGGCUUCAGUUGUCAAAGGAGCGAGCCGAAACCCUUAAGCGCGUGUGGUCAGCGGUCUUUUACGCAACCGCUUCGUUCUUAAUAGUUGUCAUCAACAAAGUUGUUCUUACAACAUACAAAUUUCCUUCCUACCAAGUGUUGGGUCUUGGGCAGAUGGUAGUUGCCAUAGUUGCUCUGUUUAGUGCCAAACAGUUAAACCUUGUCAGUUUUCCAGACUUUUCUCUGGAAGUCACAAAAAAGAUAUGGCCACUGCCGUUGUUUUACCUUGGCAACUUAGUGUGUGGACUUGGAGGCACACAAAAACUAAACCUUCCAAUGUUCACUGUGCUGAGAAGGUUCUCAAUACUCUUCACUAUGAUACUGGAGUACAUUGUGUUAAGAGUUAGCGCUACAUUUUCUGUCCAGCUGUCCGUGUCACUGAUGAUCAUUGGUGCCAUUGUCGCCUCUAGUGCUGACCUAGCCUUUGAUACCAUGGGUUAUGUACUGAUCACAGUCAACAAUGUGUGUACGGCAGGGAAUGGAGUCUACACAAAGAAGAAACUCGAUGCCCAGUUCCUUGGGCGAUACGGACUCAUAUUUUACAACUCCUUUUUUAUGCUGAUACCAACAAUAGCUUUAGCUGUGAUAGGUCAAGAAUUUCAAAAGGCUGCUGCGUUCAAACAAUGGAACAAUCCAGUGUUCCUGAUCUAUUUCCUGGCCUCAUGUUUCAUGGGAUUCAUCCUUAACUAUGCCACUGUACUGUGUACAGCAUAUAACUCUGCCUUGACCACAACGGUUGUGGGCGUUUUUAAGAAUUUACUAAUCACUUACUUGGGGAUGUUUAUUGGAAAUGACUAUGUGUUUUCUUGGGUUAAUUUUGUUGGACUGAACAUAAGUGUAAUCGGAAGUUUGAUAUAUAGCGUCAUCACAUUCCGUGCUAAGCAGUCCAAGAGUCCAGUCUUGUCUAACGGACAGAUAACAAGGGUCUGAAGAUUGUUUCCAUGAGAGUUCCAGGCACUGUCUUUGUACUUACAUACAAUGAUGGAAUAUGGAAUGAAAAACAGAAGACAUUACAAAUGACUGAAUGAGUGAAGACUCAUUUGUAGAGAACUCAAAAAGAACCUAUUGUAUUUAAAGCACGUGCACAUGAAUAUAGAGACGGACGAAGGGAAGAAUCGAGAGAUAACGAAGAUGAAUGAAGGGAAGAAUCGAGAGAUAGCGAAGAUGAAUGAAAGGAAGAAUUGUGAGAUAGCAAAGAUGAAUGAAAGGAAGAAUUGAGAGAUAGCGAAGAUGAAUGAAAGGAAGACAUUGUGAGAUAGUGAAGAUGAAUGAAAGGAAGAAUUGUGAGAUAGCGAAGAUGAAUGAAAGGAAGAAUUGAGAGAUAGCAAAGAUGAAUGAAAGGAAGAAUUGAGAGAUAGUGAAGAUGAAUGAAAGGAAGAAUUGAGAGAUAGCAAAGAUGAAUGAAAGGAAGAAUUGAGAGAUAGUGAAGAUGAAUGAAAGGAAGAAUUGAGAGAUAGCAAAGAUGAAUGAAAGGAAGAAUUGUGAGAUAGCAAAGAUGAAUGAAAGGAAGAAUUGAGAGAUAGUGAAGAUGAAUGAAAGGAAGAAUUGAGAGAUAGCGAAGAUCGAAUGAAAGGAAGAAUUGUGAGAUAGUGAAGAUGAAUGAAAGGAAGAAUUGAGAGAUAGUGAAGAUGAAUGAAAGGAAGAAUUGAGAGAUAGCGAAGAUGAAUGAAAGGAAGAAUUGUGAGAUAGUGAAGAUUGAAAAACUUGAGUGCAAAUGGUCACAUUACAGAAGGAUGAAAGAAAUAAUUGUGUGACAGAGAAAAUUAAACAUUUUGAGUCGCUAUGACAUUCAGCUUUCAAAGAAUGUUUCUGCGCUCAAAACUUUAAACUGAGAUUAUGCCAUGUAAGUACAUGUAUACAAUGUCUGUGAUGUAAAUGUUAGAAUUGACAUCGUUUCUGGUGGAAAGUGAAGUGAAGUUUUUUUAGUUCUGUGAAAUUGGCCACUGAAGGAUAGACAUUAUUAUGUCUAUCUGACCUGGUGUGUUAUUUUUUUCAGACAUGAUAUUCAGAGAAUUUGUAGAUUCCCCAGGCUUGUCUUCCACCAAAACGGUUUGCAUACUAGCAUCUGUGCAUCACUGGUGGGGAAAUUUGUCAGUAAAUUGCCAAAGGUCGGUGGCUUUCCUCGGGCACUCUGAUUUCCUCCACCCAUAAGAGUUACCGCCAUCAUAUGCGUGGAAAUCUCUUAAAUAUAGGUGUUAAAUAACAAUGAAAUAAAUCUAUAAAUAAAUAGUUUGUAAACUGAUGGAACUGUUCUCUUGUUUCGUGAUACAGUUAGACAUGUGUUUGUAUUCAUUCUAACUUACAUACAUCUUUUGCUAUUUUACUUGUUUUUAGGCUGUGUUUAUUUUUACUGUUAUCUUUUUUGUUUGUAUUUUGUUUUAUUUUUAAGUUAUUUGCUCCCUUAUAAAGUGAGCCAAACUUUAAUGUCACAGGUAUGGGGAAGUAAUUUCUGUCACAAAGAUUAUUAAACCAGCAUGUUGUUAAUACUUGCUGUAGACUUUCUAUGGUAUUGUGAGAGAGGGAGAGAGAUCAAUCUUGCUCUGUGUUCCAAUCAGUGUUGACCGUUGCUUGGACCAAAUAUGGGUUUCAUGAUAUUUUAAAAAUGUUUAAGCAAAAAAUAGAAACAUUAAUAAAGAUUGAGGUUCUGAUGUGGCACAUUCGCUUUAACUGCUAAACAGGCUGUGUAUUUCCUACAUUCAAGAUUAAUUUGUGAAUACCCAAAUUCUUCAACCUUUUCGGCUGCCUCUGCAACCAGAAUUCUAAAACAUUUUGAGUGAACAGUUAGGUGUAUAGAAAUAUAAUAGGAAGCUUGUAUCUGUAAUGACAAAGAAAUCAUAUGUUAUAACACAAAAAAAAAAUCAUUUUCAUAAUAAUUGUAUGCAUAAAUACCACUGAAAUAAACAGCUUUAGAGCUCGAAAAGGUUGACGAUUUUUCAGUAAUGCAGCCUCUAUAUAUAUCUAUUUAAUGUGGAAAUAAAGAAACAAAUCAGUUUUAACUCUCCUGUUUAAAGUACAGGAGUAGCUUAUGUUGAAUAAUAGAGGCUGCAAGUUUUAACAAAAUGUUCGGGGUGGUGUCUUAAAAAGUACUGCAGGAAUUGAGGUCAGGGUUUGCACACAUGUAGAGCACAAUAGCACAAGGGGGAUAUUCAAUUGUUGAUUGGAUGUGUGCAUAUUA